AAUUAAAACACUAAAAAAACAUAUAAAAUCACUCACUUGACUGAGGAAAGAUAUAUAUAUAUAUUACUUGGCGCGGGUUUUCCUUCUAAAAGAAAGGAACUCAGCAAAACUCUCCAUUGUGUUUCGCUGUGUCUCUCGAGUCUGAACCAUGGAAACCCAUUGUGGCGAUUGCGACUCUGAGCCUCUCGCGAUGGAAAACGAAGAAGAGCCACGGCGAAAAGAGCCUCCCAGAAUCCACCGCCUGGACGAGUCAGUGGUCAACCGCAUCGCGGCCGGGGAGGUGAUCCAACGGCCAGUAUCCGCCGUCAAGGAGCUGGUGGAGAACAGCAUCGACGCCCAUUCCACCUCCAUAAGCGUCGUCGUCAAGGACGGCGGCCUUAAACUCAUUCAAGUCUCUGACGACGGCCACGGCAUCCGAUACGAGGACUUGCCAAUCCUAUGCGAAAGGCACACGACGUCAAAGCUGUCAACUUUUGAGGAUUUACAAUCGAUAAAGUCAAUGGGGUUCAGAGGAGAGGCUUUGGCAAGCAUGACCUACGUUGGUCAUGUUACGGCCACAACCAUCACCAAAGGGCAGUUACAUGGUUACAGAGUAUCUUAUAGAGACGGUGUCAUGGAGCAUGAACCGAAAGCAUGUGCUGCCGUAAAAGGAACUCAGAUAAUGGUUGAGAAUCUAUUCUAUAACAUGAUUGCUCGGAGGAAGACGCUUCAAAAUUCUGCUGAUGAUUAUUCAAAGAUUGUAGACUUGCUAAGCCGGUUUGCUGUUCAUCACAUACAUGUGGGAUUCUCCUGCCGAAAGCAUGGAGCUUCCAGAGCAGAUGUCCACACAGUUGCUACAUCAUCAAGGCUUGAUGCUAUUCGAUCAGUUUAUGGGGUGUCAGUUGCUCGAUCUCUUAUAAAAAUAGAAAAUUCCGACAAUAAUCCAUCUAGUUCAGUUUUCAAGAUGGAUGGUUUCAUCUCAGAUUCAAAUUAUGUUGCAAAGAAGAUAACAAUGGUACUUUUUAUCAAUGAUAGAUUGGUAGAAUGCACUGCUUUGAAGAGAGCUAUUGAAAUUGUUUAUGCUGCAACCUUGCCCAAAGCAUCAAAACCCUUCGUAUAUAUAUCUGUUGUAUUGCCACCUGAACAUGUUGAUGUCAAUGUGCACCCAACAAAGAGAGAGGUAAGCCUUUUAAAUCAGGAAGUUAUUAUUGAGAAGAUACAGUCAGUGGUUGAAUCAAAAUUGAGAAACUCCAAUGAGGCACGGACAUUUCAGGAACAGAAAGUAGAACCAUCUCCAUAUGAUAAAAUUGCUCUGGAUAAGGAUUCUACUUUCAGCCCCUCACAAUCUGGAUCAAAAUCACAAAAAGUUCCGGUGCGUAAAAUGGUUAGAACAGAUUCAUCUGAUCCUGCUGGAAGGUUACAUGCCUACUUGCAAGCUAAGCCUCGUGGACCACUUCAAAAGAAUCCUAGUUUGGAUGCUGUGAGCAAAGAGCUCAUGUACCAGCAAGUUCUGCGCCGGUUUUCCCAUUUUAAUGCUAUACAAUUAAGUGAGCCGGCUCCACUGUCUGAGUUGCUUAUGUUGGCAUUGAAAGAAGAAAAUUUAGAUCCAGAAGGCCAUGAGAAUAAUGACCAAAUAGAAAAAAUUACAGAAUUGCUCAAGCAAAAGAUGGAAAUGUUAGAGGAGUAUUUCUGCAUUCAUAUUGAUAAACAUGGGAAUUUGUCUAGACUUCCAGUGGUACUUGACCAGUACACUCCUGACAUUGAUCGCCUCCCGGAAUUCACCCUUUGUUUGGGCAAUGAUGUUGACUGGGAGGAUGAAAAAAAUUGCUUCCAAUCAGUUUCAGCUGCUCUUGGAAACUUCUAUGCUAUGCAUCCUCCUAUGUUACCCAAUCCAUCAGGUGAUGGUUUGCAGUUCUACAAAAAGAGAAAACCUCUCAGGAAUCUUGAAGAUGAAGAAAAAGCCUCUGAUGACAUAGGGGAUGACGACCUAAUGGAGAAUGAGAUCGAGCACGAACUACUUUCGGAGGCAGAGAGUGCAUGGGCCCAGCGUGAAUGGUCAAUCCAGCACGUCUUGUUUCCAUCCAUCAGACUCUUUUUCAAGCCACCUACUUCUAUGGCUUCAAAUGGAACCCUUGUCCGGGUAGCUUCAUUAGAGAAGCUUUACAAGAUCUUUGAAAGAUGCUAACAAGAAUAGUUUUGGUAAGAUCAAAGUUGGAGAAGCAUUGGCUGUUUCAUGAGGCUGCUGCUCUCAGUGAUAAGUCUAAUUCAGUC